AUGCGGAGCUUGCGCGGCGCUCCGCCGCCGGUGCUGCUGCUGCUGCUGCUGGCGCUGCUGCUGGCCGCGGGGCACGGCGCCGUCAUCACCGGGGCCUGCGACCAAGACCAGCAGUGCGGAGGAGGGAUGUGCUGUGCGGUUAGCCUCUGGAUCCGCAGCCUGCGAAUGUGCACGCCGAUGGGAAAUUUGGGAGAGGAGUGCCAUCCUUUGAGUCACCGAGUUCCCUUCUCCGGGCGACGGAUGCACCACACCUGCCCGUGUCUCCCCAGCCUGGCCUGCAUACGGACUUCUCCCAGCAAAUUCAAAUGUUUACCGAACUUCAGAAAAGAAGAUGUGUUUUUUUAGCAGGAGCUAUUCUGCACUAGAAAGAGCCACUUGAUGUAUUCUUUUUCUUGUUAUUGUGACAAACAAGGUACUUGCCAGGGGAAACCCUUCACCAUACUUUCCUGCCUCACCAACAUUAAAACUGAAGAUGAGAUACUGUGCUGUAGUGGCCAAGGUUUUCAGGAGAGACUCGCGGUGGCAGAUGCUCUCAUUUUGGGGUGAGCAAAAUGACAUCUGCUAAAGCAAUACUGCUUUCUGAGGGCAGGAGCUUAACGAUUUCUGAACCGUCUCAUGGUCUCCAUGGUUCCAGCUUAACCCCAGAAUGAAAACAUCCAAGCUUAGUGUCAGUUUUGGAAAAUUUUGGCCACGUUUUUACACUUUGGAAUGCCUGAAUUGAACUGAGAGUUCAAUAAUUGCGUAGUCUGAAGCAUAUGACGAUUGACAAAAAACUGUAUUUACAUUACAUUUCGUAUCUUUAUUAAUAUAACUGUAUUUGUAAGUUAGGCGCAUCUCUAGGGUAAAAGUUUAACCAAUAGAUGUAGUUUUUACACUUUUUAAAAGUGGCAGGUGGAACCAAAGCAUUUCAAUAUUCA